AUGUCCUCGAAGAUGAAGCACACAAUUAGUUGUAAGUCCGUGGACACAAUGGUCAUCUUUUCCCCUAUCAAUGAAUCGCGUGAAAGUUCCCCAAUCUCGUGCACUUCUCAACUCUUCCAAACACAACCAGUCACUCGGUCUCCCGACUUAAUCGCUCAACAACGCAUUUCUAAUUACCUCACCACUCGAAGAACCAUCGAAAUGACUUUGAAGGAAAUGCUUUUCACCACACCAUCCCCUUUGUUGGACGCUUACGCAACACUGAUGAAUGGUAUCUCUGUGAACCACCACUUGGUAACCGUACUCUUGAACUUCUUCGCAUCACGGGGGAAGGUCGUACAACUGAUUGAAUACUUUUCUAAGAAUGAAGUUAGCUCUACGAAUCGGUGUAACCCACUCUUUAGAGGGAAUACCUCAUUUAUUCGAAUAUACAGUUUGUACCUUCGAACGUUUUGCGCCGAAUUCAUUUCAUCGACUUCAGUCCAGUUGUUAAAAGACUUUGAAGGUGUUGAGAGUAUUGACGACGCUAUGAUACUGGAGAACUUCUCUGCUUUGUUACUGGAGAACUCCGACAAAAUUCCGACGCAUCUGAAAAUCAUAUUGCGGUCAAUCUAUAAUUACGUGUUAAGUAUUCGAGGCGCAGACGAUGCAAGAAACGCAUUUGUGACGCUGUUGUUUCUUCGGUAUUUGUAUACCCCAUUCAUGAAAAACGUCCAAAUCCUCAAACUCCUGCAAAAGGCGAACAUCGACAUCUUUUUACUCAAGAAGUACGAAAUGUCAUUUCCACUCGCUCAGUUCCGAAGAGCAGUCGAUGUUUUGUUCACUCAAUGCAUCAAAGAACCUUUAGAAAACGGGUCUAUCUUAUUAAACCCAACACUUCAAGGUACUUCGUUCAAAGAAAUGUUCGAGACUCUCAAAUUCGAGAUGUCGAGAAUUAGUAACGUCUACAGAGGCGAUUUCAAUGACGUUUUCUCGUUGAUUAAAGGAAAGGUGGCGUGUCAAGAGUCCACAGAAUCGAUUAAAUCCGUGGAGGAACUGAAUGUGUGGACUCAGACGCGCAUCGAAAAUGCUCAAAAUCGAAACUCGGAGUUAAAGAGGCAAAUCGAAUAUUUGAAAC